CAAUACCAUUGGAGACUGGUACUGUAUGUCUCAAUCUAUUAAUCAAGAUCCCAACAUACUCUUCCAGCAGCUAAAGGAUUUAAUUUCCAACUUUAACUCGUCACUCUUCUCAAAAUUAGCGCUCUUCUGCUCAUUAAAUUAAACUGUUAAACUUUUUUGCUUUUGAAAUGUGUGUAUCUGUGUGGCCGUUUGAAAGGUUAUUUAAGAUCCUUUUUCAUCUCUUUACAUUUUUAAUCGAUCGUCACUCCUUUCUUUGACUCUUCGAAGGCUCAAGUUUGGUCUGCGGUCCUCACAAAUCCGUUAUAUAGAGAUGAAUGUACUGCAGUUUAUGAGUUGCCGUCUGCUGACUCCUCCCGCUUUUAACAUAGAGGUUCGCUCCAGCUCCUUCAUUGGCUGUUUGGCAAAUUAAGCCCGCCCCCUUGGCUCCCUCUGUCAGUCAGGAGGGAGAGUGAAAGUGAGGUGGACGUGUUGCAACAGAUGGAUCGUCCAGCGGCGGAGAAAAGCGUACACGCCGUUACUCAGAUUCGAGGACGUAAAGCGCGAGGGAAGAAGACGGAGAAGUAACAGAAGUCUGACUUCUGCUCGCUCGCUUCUUUGAGCGCUCUCUCUUCCUCUGCAGACGGUCCGGAAGAAGGUGUCUAGCGUGCACAGAAGUUGGCUGGAAUUCUGUGGAAGAGAUGAGAGUGUGAUCUGAGUCACCCCCUCCUCCCCGGAGGUCAGAGAGGAGAACACCUGCCGACAGCUCGGAACUCCAGAGGGAGGAGAGGACCCAUAACAAACAACACAAGAAGUGGGAGGCGUCAACAGAUCUCAACUCUAAUAGCUUCAAGACAGCGCGUCUGAGCGGGGGUUGAGACUCCGCUGACAGAAGCAGUCGAUUGGUGGACCUUUUGAAGGAGCCUAGCGGCCGAGAGGUCAUGGCGGGCCGACUUCUCCUCUUCCUGGUUGUCUCUGUGACGCUCAGUGAUUCUCAGUUCCUCUCUGGUCAGCGGCUGAAGACCCGCCUUCAGAGGGACAGGCGCAACAUCCGACCAAACAUCAUUCUGGUGUUGACGGAUGACCAGGACCUGGAGCUGGGCUCCAUGCAGGCGAUGAACAAGACUCGGCGCAUCAUGGAGGAGGGUGGGACUUCUUUCUCCAACGCCUUUGUGACGACGCCCAUGUGCUGUCCAUCACGCUCAAGCAUGCUCACUGGCAAAUAUGUUCACAACCACAACACCUACACCAACAAUGAGAACUGUUCCUCAAUGUCAUGGCAGCGGCAGCACGAGCCUCGGACUUUUGGAGUCUACCUCAACAACACUGGAUACAGGACAGCCUUCUUUGGGAAGUAUCUGAACGAGUAUAACGGCUCCUAUGUUCCCCCUGGUUGGAGGGAGUGGCUCGGGUUGGUCAAGAACAGCCGCUUCUACAACUACACGCUCAGUCGAAAUGGAGUCAGAGAGAAGCACGGAGCGCAGUAUCCUCAGGACUACCUAACUGAUCUGAUCACAGCUGAGUCCAUUCGCUAUUUCCGCUACUCGAAGCGGGUUUAUCCUCACCGGCCCGUCAUGAUGGUUCUGAGUCACGCUGCCCCACAUGGACCUGAAGACUCGGCGCCACAGUACAGCACUGCCUUUCCCAAUGCAUCACAGCACAUCACUCCGAGUUAUAACUACGCUCCAAACCCAGACAAGCACUGGAUCAUGAGGUACACCGGCGCGAUGAAGCCCAUCCACAUGGAGUUCACCAACGUGCUGCAGAGGAAGCGGCUGCAGACGCUCCUGUCAGUGGAUGACAGCAUGGAGAAGUUGUAUAACAUGCUGGUGGAGACUGGGGAGCUGGAGAACACCUACGUCAUCUACACGUCUGACCACGGCUACCAUAUUGGACAGUUUGGGCUUGUCAAAGGUAAAUCCAUGCCAUAUGAGUUUGACAUCCGCGUCCCCUUUUACAUCAGAGGACCCAACGUGGAGCAGGGCAGCAUUAAUCCCCACAUCGUCCUGAACAUCGACCUGGCUCCAACCAUCCUGGACAUCGCAGGACUUGACGCUCCACCAGACAUGGACGGGAAGUCAAUACUGAGCCUGCUGGACACUGACAAAGCUGCCAACAGGUUCCAAGUGAAGAAGAAAUCCAAAAUUUGGAGAGACUCAUUUCUGGUUGAACGAGGGAAGCUCCUGCAUCAGCAUCUGGAGGGAAAGGAAGUGUCACAGGAGGAGAACUUCCUGCCCAAGCAUCAGCGUGUAAAAGACCUGUGUCAGAGAGCCGAGUACCAGACUCCCUGUCAGCAGACUGGACAGAAGUGGCAGUGUGUGGAGGACUCCACCGGCAAACUGCGCCUCUUCAAAUGCAAGAACGAGUCGCCGGGGGACAAGAGCGAGCAGAGGGAGGCGCCGAGUCGGCAGCUGCGGCCCAUCAGCAUCAAGUCGCAGCUCUACAAUCGCAGCUUGGACCCCUGCAACUGUGACCUGCCGCCUUUCAACCUGCGACCUUCCGCCAUGCGUCCCUUCAACAAGAAGUCCUUCUUCUCCAAGAAGAAGUUCAAAGUCCUGAAGAGCUUCUCCAGGAACCGCUACACUCGCGCCGCAUCCAUGACCAACGGUUACCCUGGCAACCAGAGCUUGGCCGUCCAGACCUGGGCCGAAGCAUUUGACCCUGAGGAGGAGUUCAGCGGGAUGGGAGCGGCUCCUCCCACGCUGAGCCCGUCCGACUCCAUCAAGGUCACGCACAGGUGCUUCAUCCUGGCCAACGCCACUGUGAAGUGUGACACUGGAGUCUAUCAGUCUCUUCAGGCCUGGAGGGACCAUAAGCUGCACAUCGAUCACGAGAUUGAGACGCUGCAGACGAAAAUCAAAAACCUGAAGGAGGUGAAAGGUCACCUGAAGAAGGCGCGCCCCCUGGAGUGCGACUGUAAUAAGUACCUCUACAAGUCCAAACUGAAGAACAAGUUCCGGUACCGCGGAGGAAAUAUCCACCCCUUCAGGAAGGGCGGGGCUCGGGACAAGAAGGCGUGGCUUCUGAAGGAGCAGAAGCGGCGGAAGAAGAUGAGGAAGCUGAUCAAGAGGCUGAGGAACAAUGACACCUGCUCCAUGCCGGGACUCACCUGCUUCACCCACGACAACCAGCACUGGCACACCGCCCCCUACUGGACACUGGGUCCGUUCUGCGCCUGCACCAGCGCCAACAACAACACCUACUGGUGCAUGAGGACCAUCAAUGAAACCCACAACUUCCUGUUCUGCGAGUUCGCCACCGGCUUCCUGGAGUACUUUGACCUGAACACAGACCCGUACCAGCUGGUGAACGCCGUCGGCUCUUUGGACCGGACGGUUCUGAACCAGCUGCACGUUCAGCUGAUGGAGCUCCGCGGCUGCCGCGGCCACAAGCAGUGCAACCCCCGCACGCGCUCCGUGGAGCCGGCAGCAGAGCGGGAGCACGGCACCUUCCACCACUAUAGGCUGUUUGAGAGGAGGAAGUGGCCCCGAGUCAAGAAGCCUUCAUCAUCCCGGACCUUGGGCCCCAUCUGGGACGGCUGGAAGGGCUAAGCUUCAGGACCGAGAGCCUUCACCCGCCACCGCCUCCGGGAGACUCUUCAUCUGUCGCGAGCAGAAAAACUCUCUUCAUCCUGGGUCUGAGUUGCAUGAGAGAUGGAGGCGCAGUCAUUUUCACCUCACUUUCUCGAGCCGUUUUGUAUUUAAGAAUGUAAAUAAUCUGGGGACUCGUGGCCACUGAGGCUUCUGCUUUCAAGUUGGACGGAACCUUCGCACUGGUUUUGUCCAGUCGCACCACAACACUCCCAGCACUUCAGUUGAGGCUCUGUCUUCCCCCCCAUGUUCUCCAGCACAGCGGCCAUUGUUGUCCCCUCUGUUUAACAAUGUUACUAAACAUAAACUGUGACACUCGGUGAUGCAAUGCUUGAAGAGCCAAAUGACAAAUGGCACAAAAAAGGUUCUGGGUUUACACAAGACGACGGCGAUGAUGUCGCGAAGUUUAAGAACGAAGCUUGAGAGCAGCAAAACCACUGACUAUGUAGAGUUUUUGAUAUUUAAGUUCUAUUCCAGUGUUCAAAACACACCUGCGGGGGGCACCAGUUUCACCUCUGCAACCUUUCCUUCACAGCUUCACUGGGUGGGGUGGUUUCACAGACAUUAGCGGUGCUGCUGCUCCUCCAGACCAACUCACUCGCUGACAAAACUGCCAUUUAAAAGGCUGGAAACUUCUCCUUCUUCGCUCAUGUUCGUUUCCCUCUGGUUCUCUAGUGCCACCUACUGUUUCCAUCUGCUAUUUAUUAUCGCCGCAGCUGCAGUUUCUUCCCCGGUCCCUGUUUUUAGUGUUAACAUGAAGAAGUCAUGAUGUUCAGUGUAGAGCGAUCUUAACUUGAAAUGUUUUAUUAUUUGGCAAUAAGUGUGUGUCUCGCGUGGGCGGGGUUUGUCGUCUGGACAAACAGGAAAUAAAGUUUUAUUCAAAGAGCCUCUUUUAUGGGAAUUUAAUGGACACUAAAGUCUAAAUUGUGACCACAAAACUCUGACUUGCAGCCCAUAAAAUAUUUAUUAAAAAAAUUAAUACAAACGUGAGAAAACUGCAGUAAAGUGACAGUUGAAAUUUAAUUCAUUUAAAUAAAUAUAACCUAUAAGAAAGCAAAGGUUUUAGUUAGAUUUUUUUUUACGUUCCAGUUCAGAUUAAGACAUUUUUAAAAGGAUUUAAAGACGGAAUAUUUUAUGUAGAGCCAAAAUAUUGUAUAUGAGCAGUGAGUCUGCAUUUUAAAGGUAAAAUAAAACUUUAAAAAUGAGAAAUUUCAAAGAAAAUGUGUCAGAAUAUUGGAGUAAAUCACUGAUGGUAAUGAUGCCAGUGAGUAUCAGCGAAAGUAAGAACAACUAAUGACUAGCAAUAAGUGUGACUGAGUGAAAAUACUCUUGAGAAUAUAAAGUAUUAUUAUCGAUACAAAAUGAAAAAGUCUUUCAUUUGCUUCAUUGUGUUAUAAAAACGCUCUCAAAAGUGUCAGAGAGGUGAGGAGGGGGUGUUUGUUUUGUCCUCGAGUGUUUGACCCCUGAGGACAUGAAGUGGAGCUGAACCCUGAAUGUUUCCUCUCUGCGGUGCUUCUGUGUCCAACAACUAUCUCCUUCCUGACUGUGUUUGAAUGUAUUUGUAAAUGUGUUUUCUCGCGAUGCACAUGCAAACUGAUCUGACCUGAACACACACACACACACACACACACACACACACUGAAGGACAAACUGCUGAGCACUUUGAUGGAGGACUGAACCGACCGUAGCCAUGGUCUUGUUGUGAUGACGUAAUCCUGCCAUGUGAUACUGAUCUAACGUGUACAGUCGCCACUGACCUGUGGAAACAGUGAUAGUUUGUGAAUAAAGUGUUGAUGCCA